AUUUCUUUCCUGUGGGUGGCAGCAGAAUUACGCUGCGUCACCCUCAUCUGGAUAGGAAAUUGCGCCACUGCUCAGUGAAGUGGGAACGUGACCAACAUAAGAAGAAUAUUAGACAAUUCUCACGACUGCUGUGAGGCAUAUGGUGUGGAGUUAGAUUACAGAUAAUCUUGAUGACGGCACCGUCUUUAUAAAUCGUAACACCCCAUAAACAAGGCAUGGGAGCUGGUUCCAGUCAACUCAGGGAGAAUGAUGAGCAGGCCAUCGUACCCCAGCAAGACAGGAGGAAGACCUCUAACAGGAGACACUCUGAGGAAACACUGGACUGCCCAACCUGCCAGGGCACGGGCCGCAUCCCACGAGGUCAGGAGAGCAAAUUGGUGGCAGUGAUACCUUGCUCCGAUCAGAGGCUGAAACCACAACACACGAAGUUGUAUGUCACUGUGUCGGUGACGCUGUGCCUGCUGGUCAGCUCGCUGGUCCUCUUCUUCUUGUUUCCUCGCAGUGUCAUCCUCUCACCUGUGGCUGUCGAGUCCGUCUAUGUUUACUUCACCCCGACCACUGUCCAAAUGAACAUCACGAACAUCCUGAAUAUUACCAAUGACAACUUUUUUACAGUUCAGGCCUACAACUUGACAGUGCAGGCUCUUUUUGAUAAAACGGUUGUGGGCAAGGCUGAUAUGAAAAAUGUCACCACUGUCAAACCACUCACAGACAAAACGUUUGCCUUUGAGAUUCCUGUCACGCUAGUGGAGGAGGGUCUGAACAAUUACUGCAAGAAAUCUACGAUCAAGAUCCACACGUUAUUUGUCCAUCUUCAGAUGUCAAUGACUGUUUACUACCUGGCCCACUUUGAGCAGCUUUCCCUGGACACGUUUGAAUACAUCGACUGUGGGUCUAACACCACAACACCCCACCUCAUCAACCCUACACCCUGAGACCAAGGGCUCCAUGAGGGGCAGGAUGACUGAGGAGUAGGCCAUGAGGUGAACUGUGGAGAACUGUGUGGUCAAAAGCCAUAGUUGUUUUUUCUUGAAAAAUGCAAAUGUCCCUCAAGUUAUGGGGAAGAAAGAAACCACCAAAAUGUGGGGCUUGAAAUUAAAGUUAAAGCUCUGAAA